GUGGUUGGUGGGGAGAGGACUCAAAAACCUUUAAGUUGAGACUCCUCUCCAAUUCCUGCUCUAUAGUUCAUUCACAGGAUGGUAGAGACAGCGAAAGCCAUGGUCGAAGGCCGAGCCCACGCGAAGCCCAGGAUUCUGUGCCUCCACGGGUUCAGAACGAGCGCUAAAAUCCUCGAGACCCAGAUCCAUAGAUGGCCCGAAUCUGUCCUGGAGAAGCUGGAUCUGGUGUUCCUUGACGGCCAGUACCCGUCCAGGGGCAAGUCUAGCGUGGAGGGCAUCUUCGAUCCUCCCUACUUCGAGUGGUUCCAAGCCAAUCAGGAUUUCACAGAGUACGAGCACUUUGAAGAGUGCAUCUCCUUCAUCGAAGAUUUCAUGGUGAAGAACGGUCCCUUUGAUGGUUUUCUGGGUUUCUCCCAGGGGGCUAUUCUAGCUGCUGCAUUGGUAGGAAUGCAGGCGGAGGGAUUGGUACUGACCAAGGUGCCCAAAAUCAAGUUUCUGAUUCUAAUGUCUGGGGCUAAGCUCGGCGGGUCGAGAUUCAGUGCGCCCCCGCCGGCAGCUAACGCGUUUUCGGCUCCUCUCAAGUGCCCUUCUCUUCAUGUGUUUGGUGAGCAUGAUUUCCUGAAGCCAGAGUCGAUUGCUCUCCUCGAUUCGUUUGUGGAUCCCAUGGUCAUCCAUCACCCAAAGGGCCACACAAUCCCCAGGCUCGAUGACCAAAGCCUAGAGAUUUUCAACAAUUUCAUCGAGAGGAUCCGGAACCUUGCCACUCCAUGAAUCAAUUAUUUCUAUCGCAACUAGAUAAGGAGAUGAAAUAACAAACCUCAUUUGAAAGCUUGAAGGGCAAGGCAUGUCCCUUUUGCAUCUAGCUUUGAGAUACAUUAUAAACCGGCUACGAAUUUAGAGGAUGUACGCUACGAAAAUAAGUUUCCAACCGAGAAACCUUAUAUGUUUUAAUCGCGCCGACUAUGUUGCCAAUGUAGAUUAGGAUUCAUAGGAAGUUGUUUCCAGGAUUACAUGGAAAGACAAGCAAAAUGCAGUGAAACCCCAUCUUUGCUCAAUAGAAAUGAUCUUUGAAA